AUGAAAUCUGUUAUUGAGCGCUACAACAAGUUGAAAGAGGAACAUCAUCACCUCAUGAAUCCGGCUUCAGAAGAGAAGGUCCGUAAUGAAGCUUUCAUACCAAUUGCUAGGACUCGAUCAGAAUGCAGGCAAUUAAUGGGUGAAGAACUUACGGGUUUGGGUAUUAAGGAACUACAAAAUCUGGAAAACCAGCUGGAGAUGAGUCUAAAGGGUGUUCGCAUAAAAAAGGAUCAAAUUUUAACUAGUGAGAUUAAAGAACUGCGCCAAAAGGGAAAUCUCAUUCAUCAGGAAAAUGUUGAACUCUAUCAAAAGAUGGACCAGAUCCAAAAAGAAAAUGCAGAGCUAAAGAAGAAGGUUUAUGGAGUAAGGAGUACAGGUGAAGAAAAUGUGGCAUCCAGUCCUUACAUGGUCAGAAAUGGAUAUGAUUUACAUGCACCUAUCAGUCUCCAGCUAAGUCAGCCACAGACUCAAUACAGUGAACCAUCAGCCAAGGCAAUGAAACUCGGAUUGCAGCUGCAUUAG